CAUGCGAAGGGAUGUGUUUCCUUGGUGCUUAGCGUGAAGCCUGUUAACGGAUUACUUCAAAUUCACUUUACUGAUUGUGGACCGGUUCGUCAGGGAAUAUAUGCAUUUUAGUUAUCCUAAACAACGUUGUGUAUGUUAUAGUUUCGGAUGCCUGCCUGGUGAUUUUAUGCUAACUGUUGCAGAAGCUAAGCCGAACUUGAAUUAAUCAAAUGGCAGACUCAGAUUUAACCAAAGAAACGCUGUUUUCUUUGGAAGUGCUGGUGGAUUUUAUAAAGACUGAGACAUCAACAACAGAAAGAAGAGUGUUGGUGCCUGCCGUGGCUGUUCGUUUACUAGAUUUCCCAACUUUAUUGAUCUAUCGAGGAGACAAAGAAAACCAGGAAGAGUUUUUUCAGGAGGAUUUGGAAAGGGAAAAAGGAAACGUAACGUCAGAACUUUUUAAUCAAGUUGGGGGAGGAAAUGGCCAGUAUUUCUUUCAGAAGGGCAAAUCGUGUUUGUUUAAAAUUAGCUUGGACUCUCUCCACAGACACCUGUCCAACACUCCUCUUUACGCAAUGGUGCUGGACUUAAAAAACGAGACGCCAAAGUUAGUUGGGAGUUGCCUAAUUUCUCUGGCGAAACUAACUGAAAAAAUAAGUAAUGAUGUUAAAGAACAUGGCAUUUCAAUGCCUUCUUUCCACGGAGAAAAAGGCGUUUAUAUAAUAAACAAUUUGAUGGGUGAAAAGGUAGGUUACAUUUCUCUGGGAUAUAAACUUUUAAGUUUAGGAGCAAGUUUGAUUCCACAUAUAUCUGAGAAUACAGUUCUGAAAGUUGGGUCAUGGCAAAGCAUGGUUCAGAUUAAAGAAAACACAGAAAACGGUGCCCAUAUUACUGAAGAAAAUAAAGAGAGCAAAGGAAAACCUAAGAGUGAUAUUGAAAUUGGGAAAUGUUGUAAACCUCAGACAAAUGAAAGUAGUGUGCUUCUUCAGCAAAUUGAUUUGGAAGGGCAAGUGACACAACUUAUUGUUUCUGAACCAAAUCAUAGUGAGAUAACUUCAGUUGGGACACAGACGGAACCAGCAAGAAGAAAGCAAUACAGGAAUAUAGAAGCUAAAGACGACGUGGAGUCUGAUAAUGAAACAGGUGUCUUUUGUCCACCAGCCCUGUUUUACAGAUGCCCAGACAAUGAGCCAAAUGAAUAUGAUCCUGAACAGCACAGAUCAAUUAAUGUAGGGGUAGAGGCUCUGAUGGUGGAGGACCUUUGCUCAGUGGAGGAAGAGGAUCUGGAAGACAGAGAUUCAUCUGCAGAGAGGCAGGCCUUGAAAUGUUCUCAUGAUAGAUCAGAAGGGUGCACUGCAGCAGCAGUGGCCUUUGAACAAACACAACCUGCCUCUGCAGCCCUUGGGGAUGCUGUAAGACAACUGCCUUUGCUAAAUGCCCUUCUAGUUGAACUUUCUUUGUUGAACAGUCAGCCUCAGCAGUUGCCUUUAUCUGUUCAUCCUCAUCUUGCCUGGUUGUACAGAUCUCUGGAUGAGCAUUCCCGUAGAGCUACAAAAGUCACCAGAUCAAGAUCACAAGCUGAUGCUGCAGAUACAUUGCAAGCACCAGCAGUACGAAGGUCGGCCAGUCCAAGAGUUAAACAGCAGAAGUCCCCAGUGAAAUCAACUUCUUCAUCUGAUUUACAAAAGGAAACCAGAAAAGUACAAAGAAAAAACAUGAAACAAGAAAAGAAUCAAAAGGAGACAGCUUCUAGUUCUCCCAAAAGAAAACUGUUGUAUGGGAUAACAAAUACACUGCGGUUAAGACUGCAGCAAACCAAUCCAGAUAUGUUGAUAUACCACGAGCGCAGAGAAGUGUACAGGAGAAAACAGAUUGAGCUACAGAAAGCUAAGAACUCUAAAGGCUUUCUGUCGAAAAAUAAAAAAGUCAGAGAGUCAAACAAAGUAUAUGAUGGAGGUGAGAUGUAUAGCAGGAGCAAUCAUUUUGAUCAAAAUAUUCAAACACUGAUGAACAGUUUGGAAUUGGACUCCCCUCAGAUAAUAAAGACAAAUCCCUCUCUGUUUAACAGUUCAGAAGCAGGUAACAGAAAUAAACAAGAGAAAGGCUCACAGCAAGAGGAGACAGGGUGUUAUGUGAAUGAUCAGCAGCAACAUGAAAGUGUUCCAGCGCUAAAUUUAAAAGAUAGAACAAAACCAGGACCCAGGCGUAAUGGAAGAGAUGUCAGAGUUCAUAUUCCCAGAGUGUUUAACCAGGAUUCUGACCAAAGCUGCAAUGAAGUGGAAAACUGUGAAACAAGCUUCCCACAUGCCAGUCUAAAUAACCCAGGAUUUCAAAGUACAAGUUUAGAUGGUGAAAAUGUGAGCCCUGCUAAUAGUGGAUUCAGUAGCCCUGCCCAGAAAUAUUCAGAUGAUUUCAUAGAAAGCCCAGAUCUUGUUGGCUAUUCUGAAGAUGUCACCAGCCCAGAGCCUACAAGCAGAUAUUCUGUAAAUUUUGAUAGCAGCCCUGAACCAGUUCCGAGUAGUCCAAGACGUAUGUAUUCAGAUGAUGACUCCAGCAUUGGUAGCAAUUCUGUUAGAAAUCAAAGAGCUACUGCACCUCUUCCGGUUCUAUCGGAUACCUCUCCAGAGCAGUCUCUCAAAAGAACAUAUCCUGUCAUGCAUCACGAAAAGCUAUUGUCAUCCAGUGUAUCUUCAGAAGCCAGUGAAAUUCAGUUCUCCUCAACAGAUACCAAACAUAAACAAGAGGAAAGGAAGAAAUUGAGUUACAUAAAGACUGGAGUCAAGGGAGCGCAGAGGAGUUUGGAUUAUAUAAAUAAGCCAAAUUCAAGAAAGGGACAUGAAGCUGUUGAAGAAAGCCAUUCACUUCAAACAUCUCAAGUGAGCUCGUAUUUACCAACUAAUGACUCUGAUCUUGAUUUCAUCAGACACAAGGUCAGUACACCUGACCUACAUGAGGAAGUUGAAGAGAGAGAUGGACUGGGUACGCUUGAGAUGGGUAAUAAAUACCAUCACAUCUCCGAGCUAGUAGGAAAUAAGCUUCCUGGAUAUACACUAUGAAAGGGUUCUGUUGUAAAGCUUGGAAAUAUUUCAACCCAUUCCUUUAACCCAAUGCAAAAAAAAAAAAAAAGAGAAAGAACUGUUCUGGUUGUUUUCAUAGUUUCAUAGCGCCUGGAGUACUUUUUCUUGUUAUUGCAAAAUAAUAUACAUUACACAGUAAAUUAAACCACAAUAAAAAUCAUCAGUUUGAGUUGGUGUGUAUAAUAAUCUCCUUUUCUGAAAUUACUUAAAAAGUAUAUUACAUCACCCGGACAAAUAUUUAUAUUCAGUGUUUUAAUCUGAUGUAAAGAACAAAAUAACAAAGAUUGUUGUAUGAAGCAGUUGGUAUUUUAUGUGAAUAUCAUUUGAUUACAAAAAAAAAAGAAAUGCAAGAAUAAUGUUCAUGAAUAACCAUGUUGAAUUACAUUCUACAUGUGAUACAAUACUGUGGCAGUUUCUGGCUGUAUGUACAAAGUAGUAACACAAAAGUAAUAUAAAAGAAGCAUCUUCUUGUUACAAGUCAAUUUUCGUUUUAAUGGGCAAAACAGCAGAUCUGGUUUGGCAGGUAUUUUUGUAUGCAAGACUGCACAAAUGAUUGAACUUUUAUGGGAAAACAAUUAUAAUACCUGUCAAGCUUAUCAGAUUGAAUCAGUACCACCGUGGUAGCCCAUUGAUUUUGUACACACAAAACUCAGAAAAUCAGUGGGCUUCCAGAGAUGUAACUAAACAAUCAACAUUGUCAGUAAGGGCUCAAUAUUGCCCCAGGAAUAUUGCUGAAAAAUAUAAUCGUAAUAAUUCCACAACAUGAAAAGCAAGUGCGUAAAGUAACAUUUUAGGUAUUACAAUUACAUUUUCCACUUGUGUGACAAUAUGUUUUUGAAAGAGUGCUUUUUUAUGAAAAAGAGCGAUUUUGGAUGAAAUUGUGAGGUUUGAUACAACAUUGACACCUUGAAAUACCAAAUUAAACUUCUUGUUAAUGCAUAGCACAAUAAUCAUGGCUGGGGGCAGUCUGGGGUUAAAUCGAAGGUGGGGAUCAAUGUGAUCAAAGGCAACACCGUCUAAUAUUCCUAAAAAAAUAAAUAAAUAUAUAUAUAUAUAUAAAAUACGUGGAUGAAGGCUAUAUUUGCAUCUUGAGCCAUUAAAAAAAGACAUAAUAGCACAGUAGUGACGUCAAAAUGUUAAUUCCUCUAGAGGGAAAUAUUCUUUAACUUUGACCCAUUCGACUCCUCGAGGCCACUUUCAAUUCAAACACAAAAUGUCUAGUUUUCAAUCACUCGACAAC